AUGGCUGCGAUUUGUCGAGCUCGGCUGCUUUCCGAUCUCAGCGGACAGACAGCGUGCGACAAUGAGGCAACAUCUGCUGAUGGACGCUUGUGCGCGUUCCACUCUCGUCAAUGUCAGGCUCUUUAUCGUGGCUACAAGAAACGCAAUGCGGAGUUGGAUGCUCUGUCUGACGAACCGCCAUCUUACUUCGUGGGCAAGAAAGGCUCCGUAGUGUCCCAUGACUACGCAGACGUCGACGAUGAAGCAGCACUCAAGACGCUGCAUGAUCAUCUGUUCAAGACCUAUCAGCUACUUGAUCGAGUGAUUCGUGCUCGAAAGCUGCACCAUAGCCAUUUCUUCGCCAUCGAUAACGACUACGGCCAUCAGAAGUAUCUCGACAAGCUUUUGAAUGACAAGCAGAACAUGGUAAAGGCUCUCGAGAAACUCGGAAAACGCGCAGCUACUGUCAUGUAUGAGAAGAAGCAGUGGUUUGACUGGAUCAAACAGACGCAGGUCAAGGAAGAGAAGGAGGGAGAAACGGAGUCCAAAAAGGUCAAACUCGAGGCAUUGCUCUUCCAGCGUCAUCAAAAGGAGCUCAAACGUCAGCAGCGGGCAAUGAGAGCAAAGGAAGCGCAAAAGCAACAGGAGCAGUACCUUGAUGAAACUUACCAGCAGCGUCUGUCAGACAUGACCGAGGAAGAGCAGGACGACUGGGAUCCUAUCAAAGAUGUAUACGGCUUCGAGCGGGACAACUAUGUAGAGCUCAUCAAGUAUUUCCUCAUGUUGAAGGAACAUCAGCCUAGCGCUGGAGCCGAGGACCCGUCCGCAGACGCAGGGAUGUCCCACGCCGACGAGGCUUCCAGGGCAGCUGCACCCACAAAGGCCCUCUCUAAGAGUGCUAAGAAGAGGGUGAAGAAAGCCAACGCAGAAACGAAGAAGCUGGCCGAUCCAACACAGCAAACUGAAGAGGGAAGAGGAGCGAAUGUCAUCGAGAUGGAGACCAGGUCUCAAAUGCGGGAACGUCUUCGUACGCCUGUCAAGUUCGAGCGAGCCACGGGCUGGUAUGUACAGGGAGAUGGCCCGAACGGCUUUGAUGCUGACACGCCGCCUAUCCCGGAGAACGAUGUCGAACAGCUACUGGAUGAAGUUGCUGAGAUCAAGAACUUUCUCUUCUGUCGACUACUGCUUGCGCAGUCAACCCUGCUUCCAGCUGCACUGAAAGCGGAGAAUAUUGAGGAUUUCAUGGGCAAGGAGGAAGUCACGCGUGAGCAUCUUCGCGAUAUCUGCCUAAAACUUGAGCGACCCGUACUGCAAGACGUCCGCGAUGCAUGCGCUGACUUCAUCCGCGAAAGAGAUGGCGUGGAGGAUCUCGAAGAACCAAAAGAGACGAAGGACGCCGAUGAUUACGCAAAUACGUAUAGAACACCAGAAAAGUACAGGCUCAAGAUUAAUAAGGGCAAGGUACCCGAGAACUUCAAGACGAAGCGUGAGAAGGCCGCAAAGAGAGCCGCGAAGAAGCCAAAGGAUCUGUUUCAGGAUGAGAAUGAUGGUGUCCUGAAUUUCGGCAGAGUCACUGAUGAGAGCCAAUACUCUCGCAAGCGAACCCGCAUCAAGAUUUGUGGACGCUACAUGUACAACUACCCUAGCGAGAAGGCACUUACUCGCGGCGGUUGGUUUCAUUUCUCCAUCAUCGCGAAAGACUCCGAUCUCUUCGAUGCGGUAGAGCUGUGCCGUAACUGGAACGAGUUUUUCGAGCUCAAUAUCCUCUGCCUAUAUCACUACUUCCCGGCACCAAAGUGGACUAAAUUUGUUGGCGAUUUGGCACGCCAGCAGUUGCUUCAGCUUGGGUUCAUACCUUACUUCCAUGGAGACAAGGCUGAGUCAAUGACUAACUACUCUCAGACGGGCAGCCGUGGAAUGGCCCGCAGGGCACAUCAGCACACUGAGAUGAGAAACUUCAUAUGUGGCCAUAUCAAGCGUGAUGAUCCUGUCAGCCGACGCUUUAUCCAAUACCUGGCAAUGGAAACAUGGGAGCUGCGUGCACUCGUCCGCGACGCCAAGACGGGCCGGGUCCUGAUUUCGCCACCUGAAGAUGAGCUCUGGCUGGUCCGUGAAAAGAGUGGUUGGGGCAGAGCCAGCAGAAACGAGUACAACAAUGUUGGUGAAGUUGGCCCUAAAUUCUUCGAAUCCAUGGACAAGUCUCGCAAAUGGCACUUUGGUUUCGAGGAGUUUUACGAUGUGUAUAUCUGGGACUCCAGCCCUGGUCGCUCCUUCUUUAUCUUGCAAAGAAAGAUUGAGGAGGUUCUUACCCGCGCCAUGAGGGUUCGCGAGCUGAAAGACAUGUUCUCUACCGCCGGGCCGAUACUCAAGACACUAACGAAGGACCCGGAUACUGAUCGCAUGCGUAGCAUCAAACCAGGAGAGAAUGUGCAAAGCAUAUGGGAUGGGCUUGAUGAGAACGCGCGAGCUUGGUCAUGGUCGCCGCAGAGUGGCUUCGACAAAGAGGGCUUCGAGGACAGCUACAAAUACACAGAGGCUGACGAGCUCGAAGACGCCAUUCUGUUCCCACUCGAAGAGAGUGGGCUGCUGCCUAACGACCUUUAUCAUUAUGUUCCAAACGCCAUGGAAAUGUUUGAAACAGAUCCUAUCGACCUGCGUAGGUUCGCUGCAGAUCUGGAUACCGACGACGAAGUCAGCUCUUCGGAAGGCACAGACCUUGGUGAGGCUGAAGAUGAUGGUAAUCCCGACUGGGAAGACCACAGCGACCCUGAGUCCGAUGAAGAUGCUGCGAAAGCGAUAGAGAUUCUGAGCGAUCAAUUUAGCUCCUCCCUGAUGAAAGACCCUGACUACUUCAUACCCAUACUACGCAACACGACUUCGAAGAGGGCUCAAAUGCUGCCACUAUCGAUCAGGACGAAUCCUGAGGAACUCAUGGGGGCUUGUAUGGAGGCUGAUUUCUACCGUCACAUUGAUCGCCAGAAAAGCAAGGUGUUCAAGCAAAGCUUCCAUCUCGGAGAUGCAGAGCCCAACGCCCUCUCGCGCUACGUUGAGCACAAGUACAUGGUUGAUGCAAUGGACAUGUUCAUCAUGACUCGGUCCGUCAACCCCGAACCCUUCGAGCUCUGCAAGACGAUGCACAUGGCCGACAUGUUCCGCGAAGAGCGCCGCGUCGUCGAUGAUGCUUUUACCGCGUACGCUUCCAUUGCAGUCUUCUUUGAGGGCGACGCAUUCCUGGCAUCUGAAAUGGGCGAACCAUGGCGAGACACCAAACUGCUCAAUCAAGAAGAGCGAGCAAGGCAUGUUCCUGACCGACGAACUCACAUGAGCAAUAAGACGCUGCCCAAAGAAUUCUGGAAGAGCUGGGACGAUCUGCUAAAGAAGAACAAGAGAAAGUCGGGCGACGCUGUCGACGACAUCUUCCCUAUGGAGUGGCGCAAAGCCUUGCGUCCAAUUAUCAUCAAGCUCUUUAAGGCCGGUGUGAUAUGCAGCUCCUACGGUGGUAGUGCUUCUGGCAUCGCGACGGCAGCAGCCGAGCCCGGACGCGAGAUGGACAUGUACAUCGACUAUCGUGUCGGCGUCCCACUCGCAAAAAUUGGCAGUCAACUGCGUGAUCCUACGGUCUUUGACCGCGACUACAUCAUCAAGGAGGUGACCAAGUUCGCGUCAAACAACCCCGGCGCCAAGUUCUCGGCGAUGCGGCUGUGGUCCAGCCCGCACUUCUACCCGCUCAUGCUGGGCGUCGACAGCAGGCACAUGUGCAGCUUCCUCGAUGACCGUGGGCGCUGCUGGGAGUGGAAGUUUAUACCCAAGGAUAUGCCGUACAGCGAGUGGAGCGUGCAUCAGCAGUUGAGUCUCAGGCUGCAGCCGUUCGAGGUCGUCUGGGGCAAGCAGGUGUGGAUUGCGAAGGAUCUCAUCAUCGUGAUGGGUAAGAAUGAGAAGGAACUCAGACGCUUUAGUGAGGGGGUUACUUGGAUAGUGCAGACGAAGCCGUGGAGGCUGGAAGUGGAUUUUUGGAGGAGUUUUGUAAAUGUUGAUGUCGAAUUUCUGAAGGGUCUGGAUCCGAGGUGGCUAUCUUGA